UCCGUGCGUCCAGUCAAUCAGUGGCGAACGGAAAAGGAAGCAAGAAAGAGCUGAGAUAAAAGAAUGGAGACGCAAACGCAACAGCAACAGGUGCUCGGCAGGACGCUGGACAAAAACUCGGUCACCUUCGAGCAGCUGCAGGAAGGGCUGCGCGAACUCUUCUCGCAGGACUCGGUCAACGUCGAGCAGGUCAGGGAGCUCAUGCUCGCCUACCGCAGUGACCCCAGGGAGUGGAAGAAAUACGCCAAGUUUGACAGAUUCAAGUACACGCGGAAUUUGGUGGACGAGGGCAACGGCAAGUACAACCUGAUAGUGCUGUGCUGGGGCGAAGGUCACGGCUCGGCAAUCCACGACCACGCGGACGCUCAUUGCUUCAUGAAAAUGUUGCAAGGGACGUUGUGCGAGGUGCGGUUCGACUGGCCGACGAACCAGGUUCAGGGCGCGGUGAUCAAGGACGAGGACAUCGUGGAGAUGCGCGAGGUCGGCAGGACGGACCUGUGCGUCAACCAGGUCUGCUACAUCAACGAUUCGUUGGGGCUGCACCGCGUGGAGAACCCGAGCCACACGGAGCGCGCCGUCAGUCUUCACCUUUACUGCCCGCCCUUCAAAGCGUGCUCAGUUUUCAACGCCCGCACCGGCCAGAGUAGCAAGUGUCCCGUCACCUUUUGGUCCAAGUACGGCGCCAAGAGCAACCAGUUGGAGAUAUCGCAUAAACUGGAGGACAACUGAUUUUUAUUUACCGGACGCUUACGUUCGCAGCUGAGUGCCAAAACGACGCCUAAAUGACUAACUUUGUAAAUAAGUAGUUUUUAAUCAUAUUGACUGCAUUUGCGACCGAUAGUAAAAUAUGAACCACCUCUCUGUGCACCAUAUAAGGGUGCGCUUUUUUGACAUUUUAUUUUAUUUUAUUAAACCCAUAUUUUUAUAUACAAAAGACAAGUUUGAGUGCGGGGAACAUCGUGAGUCACAAAUAUUUAAUGUAAAUAUCUACAAGAAUAGAAGAUUGAUUGGUUGAUUGUAUGAUUUUUUUAAAGAUAUAUUUUAUAUUUUUAUAAAAUUGAAAUGUAAACGAAAAUAAAAUUCAAGAAAAGCGUAUAA